AUGCCGCUCUUCCGCUCGACUUCGGUCUCGACGCUUUCACUCCGUGCUUUCGACACAACCCUCGCCGCAGUCAGUGGCGCACCACUGACAAAGUGCAAGCGGCCCUCAACACCACCAUUCCGCGGGCUUGUCGAUAACCCGUUCAUCUACAGACAGCCCCUCACGCGCGUACGCACCCGGACGCGCUCCCGCUCUCCUCUCUAUCGCUCACCACCUUCGUCUCUGUCCGACGUGCCCUUGUCCCCAACAACACCUACCGACCAGCACGACGAACUCGACUACGUGUUCGAGUUUGAGCCUGACCCGGCUUAUCACUACGAGCUAGGCAACCCACCUUUUCCCCUCACCCGCAUGCCCGCAGUCGAGAACCUCGACAAGUGUCUCGAGAAUCCCAGCUGCUCAAAGCCUCCCAUGGCUGUGAGCACGCUCCCUCCAUUUUCCCCUCGGACUGAGGCGCAGCGGUAUGCGGCGGCGCACCGGGCGUCGAUCGACGCAAAUUCCUGCUGCUCGCCCUUGUUGUCGGCGACUCGCUCGCGAGCCACUUGCUCGUCUUAUGAUGCAGACGACGACGGCGAGCUAGACGACCACGACGGCAUUGUCUGGAUCUGUAACCGCGUCCCUCUCAACGGCGAGUACUUUCGCCGUGUCGACACAUUCCGCCAGUCGAUAGGCUCGGCGCUCGACCCCAUCGCUCCCAAGGCCCACGCACCUGGAAAGAAGAACCGCCUACUGAUGCGAAAGCUCGUGGGAGCGUGGCUGGACGACUGUAGCCCAACGUCGAGGCGAAAACACAGGUAG